CUAAUGGCAGAGGCUGCAGGGAAACCCAUCCUUUGCUGCGGCUGCUACGCUCAAGGACGGUCCUCAGAGAAGUUGGAGGUUGCACCACCAUCUCCAGGACAACUGAGACAUGUGUUCUUCCACAAUGCAUUACCUUUUGUAGGGUUUGGAUUUUUGGAUAACGCUAUUAUGAUUGCUGCGGGAACCCAAAUAGAGCUGUCAAUUGGAGUUGUCCUAGGAAUUUCAACUAUGGCAGCUGCAGCUUUGGGAAACCUUGUUUCAGAUUUAGCUGGACUGGGUCUUGCAGGUUAUGUAGAAGCUUUAGCUUCACGACUGGGUCUGUCAAUCCCUGAUCUGACACCCAAACAAGCUGAUAUGUGGCAAACGCGUCUCAGUGCACACUUGGGCAAAGCUAUUGGAGUGACCAUUGGCUGCAUUUUAGGAAUGUUUCCUUUAUUGUUCUUUGGCGAUGAGGAAGAAAAACUGGAAGAAAAAAAUUAACCUUUUUACAAGAUGUAUACAGAUGUAAACUACUGUACCUCAGUUAUUCAAUUACGCUGUCAAUAUUUAGGAAUUAACAGACAGUAAAAAUGUAUAGACUCGGGAACAAAACCUUCAGCAUGUCAUUUUAUGGAAACACUAAUUUAUUGUGGCUUUGUGUUCGGUACUUCUUUUUAUAAAGUAUCAUCUAACUUUUUAUUUAAUUGUAAAUUUUUGAAGUGUUUUCACUUACGGCAACUGAUGUUUACCACUUUCCCCUUUGACCUUAUUCUUUAAUGGAUUAUUACUUUAAUAAUCCACCACGGAUGGCAGUAUCACUCUUGAGUUUCAUAUUGGUUGUUUGACAGUUGUAAUUGCAUGACAAAACUCGUUGUUCAUCAGGUCCUUCAAUGCAGAUUAUUAAGGA